UUAUUAUCGACGAAGUCCGGAAACCCACUGAGAAUUCAGCAUCUCCUUCAAACUACAAACUAGUUGAGGAUGUGGGCCUUAUCCUGCGCAACCUCUGCUUAUCCUGCGCUCACUUUGAGAGCGUCUGUACCCAUGGCCACUACUCGUUCCGGCUCUCCCGUCUCCGUCUCAGUCCCUACCAAUCACCAUUGUUAUCAGAAAGACAGCCCUUUUGUUCCUGAGGUUGUGGAAGCAGUGGAUUCCUUGCAUUCAGAGUUCAGAGCUGUGGAUAAUUUGGUAGCACGCAAUACCACCCGGGUUCUUAAAGCUUUCCAGAAUGCCCGAAUUGGAUCUCAUCACUUUGCUGGAAGUACUGGCUAUGGUCACGAUGAAGCUGGGGGGCGUGAAGCUCUUGACCAAGCUUUUGCAGAAAUUGUAGGCGCUGAAUCUGCAGUAGUUCGCUCACAGGUUUGUCGUACAAAGUGUUGUGUUUACUUUGUAGAGGUACUUGCAAUACUUAAUUCUCUUCUCCAAUGGCUUCAGUUUUUCUCAGGAACUCAUGCUAUAACCUGCGCUCUGUUUGCUUUUCUAAGGCCAGGAGAUGAGCUUUUGGCAGUUGCUGGUCCUCCCUAUGACACCUUGGAGGAGGUUAUUGGAAAGAGAGACUCUCAUGGCAUGGGAUCCUUGAUAGACUUUGGAGUGAAAUACCGUGAAGUUCCACUUGCUGAAGAUGGUGGCCUUGACUGGGAUGCGCUUAGGCAUGCUUUGAACCCUGAAACAAAAUGUGCACUCAUACAGCGGUCAUGUGGUUAUUCAUGGCGUCAGAGUUUAAGUGUGGAUGAUAUAAGGCGAGCAAUUGAGAUAAUUAAGAUGCAGAAUCCUAACUGCCUGGUCAUGGUGGAUAAUUGUUAUGGUGAAUUUGUGGAAAGCAUUGAACCUCCAAUGGUGGGUGCAGAUUUAAUUGCUGGCAGUUUGAUAAAAAAUCCUGGUGGAACUAUAGCCCCAUGCGGUGGAUAUGUUGCAGGAAGAGAAAGAUGGGUAAAAGCAGCAGCAGCUCGUCUGUCUGCACCUGGCCUUGGAGUUGAUUGUGGCUCAACUCCUGGUCACAUUAUGAGAGCAUUUUUCCAAGGUUUGUUCCUUUCACCUCAAAUGGUUGGCGAGGCUAUCAAGGGGACUUUCCUAGUAGCUGAAGUUAUGGCUGCCAAAGGGUAUAAGGUCCAGCCCCUUCCUCGUGUUCCUCGCCAUGACACAGUACAGGCCAUACAGCUUGGAAAUCGUGAGCGUCUUCUUGCUUUCUGUGAGGCUGUGCAGAGGAGCUCCCCAGUCGGUUCAUUUACUAAACCAAUUGCUGGCACAACUCCUGGAUAUGCAUCAGAGGUGAUCUUUGCUGAUGGAACAUUUGUUGAUGGGAGUACAAGUGAGCUUUCAUGCGAUGGACCAUUAAGAGAGCCAUUCGCUGUAUUUUGCCAGGGUGGCUCCCAUUGGACUCAGUGGGGACUAGUUCUUGGAGAGGUUUUAAAAGCCAUAUAAUGUAGAAUGAAGUUUUUCCAAUGAGGACAGCUGACAGUACGAUUAUGGAAUGGAAUGUGGAAGUUAUUGAUUUCUAAUUUUGCAAAGCAAGAAGUAUGGUGUGGCAGUCUCAAGAUAUGUCCUUGCUGCAAUUGCUCAAAAUACAGCAGCAGUGGCAUUUCACCUCUUUUUUUUUUUUUUCCAAAAGAAGCUUGGUGGCUCAGUUUAUUGGAAUGGAGCUACUAUGUCAAUCUCAGGAGCCAAAUGAGGAUACUGCUCCAAGGGCAAACGAUUUUGUUCUCCAUAUGAUAGAAAUUCCAGACACUAUACCUUGAAGAAAGUUUACCUUAGAAAUGAGUUGAAUAUUACUUUCUUAGCCUGGUGUUGUACCUUAAUUUUUGCCACGCAUUUUGCAAUUUUGUCAAUAUUAAUUUUUUGCAUCACUUGAUGCCGGAUGAAACAAACUGAGGCUGCUAGAGUGAAAAAUUACAUCUGGAAGAGAAGAUACAUACAUUUGUUUGAUAACAAGGUGAAUGUUCCUAUCCGCUUCCUUAUGGAAGGCAUAGAUAAAUUUUAGAUAUGUGCAACAAUCUGCAGAUAGAUAGAUGUAUUAGGGAAAUUGCAGACAUUCCUAAUUUCCUAUUGAAUUUCUCAUUGAUGAGCUAACGACAAGUCGGUGUAUAUUGGA